AGGUCUUCCGGUAUCUGAAGUUGAGAAGUUCCACAUCUCAGUAAACAUGGAAAAGGAAGAAAAGAAGACUGUCAAUACAGGCGAGGAGGAUGAGAUGGAGAUUUAUGGUUAUAAUCGGUGCCUCUGGAAGCUAGUUUUAGUUGCUAUAGGGGUGUUUUGUACUGGUGGCUUCCUCCUCCUUCUCCUCUACUGGAUGCCUGAGUGGCGUGUGAGAGCAACGUGCAAAAGGACUACACUUAAAGACUGUGAAGUGGUGCUACUGAGAACGACUGAUGAAUUCAGGAUAUGGUUUUGUGCAAGGAUUCGUAUUGUGCUUUCUCGGGGAGACAACCCAUUACAGAAUCCUCAAUCUAUUGAAGACAAAGUUUCAAAUGGCCAUAGUGAUCAUUUAUGUGAAAGCCCUGCUGAAGAGAAUAGAAACGACCUGAACAAAUAUUCUCCUAUUCGCUAUUUCACACACCACAGCGUAAAAUAUUUCUGGAAUGAUGCAGUCCAAAGUUUUGACUUCAAAAAGGGACUGGAUGAGUCUACUUCCUGCUCUUCAAUUCAUAAUGAACAUAGUACAGGGUUGACGAAGGAGGUGCAUGACUACAGAAAAGUAUUCUAUGGAGUAAAUGAAAUUGCCGUGAAAGUGCCUUCCAUUUUUAAGCUUCUGAUUAAGGAGGUUCUAAAUCCGUUUUACAUUUUCCAACUGUUCAGUGUGAUAUUGUGGGUCACUGAUGAAUAUUACUACUAUGCAUUAGCGAUUGUGAUUAUGUCUAUGAUAUCCAUUGUUAGCUCACUGUACACCAUUAGAAAGCAAUAUAUUGUGUUACAUGACAUGGUGGCAGCUCACAGCAUUGUCAGAGUUUCUGUCAGCAGAGCGAAUCAAGAAAUAGAAGAGAUCCUUUCCACAGACCUUGUGCCUGGAGACAUCAUGGUGAUUCCAUCUAAUGGGACAAUCAUGCCCUGUGAUGCAGUACUUGUCAGUGGUACUUGCAUCGUAAAUGAAAGCAUGUUAACAGGUGAAAGUGUUCCUGUAACAAAGACUAAUCUCCCAAAUCCUGCAGAAGACCCAAAAGCAAUGGGAGAUGAAAUCUACAGUCCAGAAGUACAUAAGCGACACACUUUGUUCUGUGGGACCAAUGUCAUUCAAACCCGUUUUUAUACUGGAGAACAAGUCAAAGCCGUAGUUGUGAGAACAGGCUUUAGUACAUCAAAAGGACAGCUUGUUCAUUCGAUUCUGUAUCCAAAGCCAACUGACUUCAAACUCUACAGAGAUGCCUACAUGUUUCUGUUGUUCCUUGUGGUGGUGGCAGGUGUUGGGUUUCUUUACACAGUUGUCAAUAGCAUACUAAAUGAGGUUCCUGCUCAUAUAAUAAUCAUUGAGUCUCUUGACAUUAUAACCAUCACUGUGCCGCCUGCACUUCCUGCUGCAAUGACUGCUGGGAUCGUUUAUGCACAGAGACGGUUGAAAAAGAUUGGUAUCUUCUGCAUCAGUCCUCAGAGGAUAAAUAUCUGUGGCCAAUUGAAUCUCGUGUGUUUUGACAAGACUGGCACUCUUACUGAAGAUGGCUUAGAUCUUUGGGGGAUCCAAAGAGUGGAAAAUGCUCGUUUCCUUUUUCCAGAAGAUAGAGCUUGCAAUGAGAGCCUGGUGAAGUCUCAGUUUGUUGCUUGCAUGGCAACUUGUCACUCACUCACAAAAAUUGAAGGAGUGCUUUCUGGGGACCCGCUUGAUUUAAAGAUGUUUGAAGCCAUAGGAUGGAUUCUUGAAGAAGCAACUGAAGAGGAAACAGCUCUUCACAAUCGAAUAAUGCCAACCGUGGUUCGACCUCCAAAACAGCUUCUUCCAGAAUCCAAACCUGCCACAAAUCAAGAAAUGGAACUAUUUGAGCUCUCGGCCAGUUAUGAGAUUGGAAUUGUGCGUCAGUUUCCGUUUUCUUCUGCUUUGCAACGCAUGUGUGUAGUAGCAAGAGUGCUAGGGGAGAAGAGAAUGGAUGCUUUCAUGAAAGGUGCCCCAGAGGUGAUUGCCAGUUUGUGUAAACAAGAAACAGUUCCUGAUGAUUUUGAAACCAUUUUGGAAGACUACACUAAGCAGGGCUUCAGAGUUAUCGCUCUUGCUCACAGAAAAUUGGAAUCAAAACUUUCAUGGCACAAAGCCCAGAAUAUUAACAGAGAUGCCAUUGAAAACAACAUGGAUUUUAUGGGGUUAAUUAUAAUGCAAAACAAACUAAAGCAAGAAACCCCUGCUGUACUUGAAGACUUGCAUAAAGCCAACAUUCGCACGGUCAUGGUCACAGGUGAUAACAUGUUAACUGCUGUCUCUGUGGCUAGAGACUGUGGAAUGAUUCUACCUCAGGAUAAGGUCAUUAUUGCUGAAGCACUACCUCCAAAGGAUGGGCAAGUUGCCAGGGUAAACUGGCAUUAUGCAGAUACCUUCACAAAAUGCACUAAUUCAUCACCAGCCAUUAACUCACAGGAUAUUCCAAUUAAAUUGGUCCAUGAAAGUCUUGAGGGCCUCCAGCUGACUAAAUACCAUUUUGCAAUGAAUGGAAAGUCAUUUGCAGUGAUACUGGAGCAUUUUCAGGACCUUGUGCCCAAGCUGGUGUUGCAUGGCACCGUAUUUGCCCGCAUGGCACCUGAUCAGAAAACCCAGCUAGUGGAAGCGUUACAAAAUGUGGAUUACUAUGUUGGCAUGUGUGGAGAUGGUGCAAAUGACUGUGGUGCACUGAAGAAGGCCCAUGGUGGUAUAUCACUGUCUGAACUUGAGGCUUCUGUGGCAUCACCAUUCACCUCCAGAACUUCUAGUAUUUCCUGUGUUCCAAACCUUAUCAGGGAAGGCCGUGCUGCUUUAAUAACUUCCUUUUGCGUAUUUAAGUUUAUGGCUUUGUACAGCAUUAUCCAGUAUUUCAGCGUUACCCUACUAUAUUCUAUCCUGAGUAAUUUAGGAGAUUUCCAGUUUCUUUUCAUCGAUCUGGCAAUCAUUUUGGUGGUUGUCUUUACCAUGAGUUUAAAUUCCGCUUGGAAGGAGCUUGUUGCACAAAGGCCACCUUCAGGUCUCAUCUCAGGUCAACUUCUCUGCUCAGUUCUGUCUCAGAUUAUCACCUGCCUGAGUUUCCAAACCAUAGGAUUUAUUUGGGUCAAACAACAACCCUGGUAUGAGCCCUGGACCACACAGUCAGAUGCAUGUAACUUAUCAGCAGCCACAAACACCAGUUCCUCGCAACAUGAGAAUGAGACUCUUCAUGAUGAGCACAAUAUCAAAAACUAUGAAAACACAACAGUGUUCUUUAUCUCCAGCUUUCAGUACCUCAUAGUGGCAAUUGUCUUUUCUAAAGGGAAGCCCUUUAGACAGCCUUGCUACAAAAAUGUUCUGUUUGUUAUAUCUGUGAUAGUUAUUUAUAUCUUCACAUUAUUCAUCAUGUUGUAUCCAGUUGAAUCCAUUGACAGGUUUCUUGAGCUAGUUUGUGUACCAUAUCAGUGGCGUAUAACAAUUCUCGUCAUUAUCAUCAUCAAUGCAAUUGUAUCCAUCUUGGUGGAGAAUAUCCUCCUUGACAUGAUCCUUUGGAAGAUUGUGUCCAGCCGAAUUAAACAAGGGGAAUAUCGCCUCGCCAGGCUCCAGCCACCUCAGGUUGGAGACCAGUAUUUUGCUGCCAAUCAUCCAACAGAGGCUUUGGAUCGCUGGAGAGGAUGCUUCCUUUCCUCCCUGUUUGGCUGCAGAAAGAAGAUUCCAAAAGCCAAGUACAUGCACUUAGCUCAGGAACUGUUGGUUGAUCCAGAAUGGCCACCAAAACCUAGAACUACUACAGAAGCUAAAGCUCCAGCCCAGGAAAAUGAAAAUAUUUUACUUUAGUGGAAAGAUUCCAUGAAGCUAUGCAUCUUGGACCUUGGAGCUGUGACUUACGACCACAUCCUAGAUUUGUUUAAAUGUUCACUUACGGGGGGUUUUGAGUUAGUUUCAUUCAUUCUGACUUGCUUGUCCAGUCAAAAGUGAAGAGGAAAAUGUGCACGUGGUCUGCGUCUUUCAGGUACUGUUGCUUAGUGCUCUUCCCCCAAACUGCUAAUCAGUCCGUCCUCGUUCAGAUGUCAGCCUUUCAUUUGUGAUGAUGAUAUUCUGUGUACCAGCCCAUUAGAAAUAUCCAGAUAAUAAGGAGUAAACUACUUGUAGAGCAGUGAGUUUGUUUAAAGAGUAUUCUCAUUUUUUUAAUUAGGGCCAAAUUUGUCAAGUGUGUUCAUUAGUUUUGGGUGCAUUGCUUGUGAAAAGGAGAGCAUGAUUUUCACUGGUCCUGAGCACCUGCAGAUUUCUUUGACUCCAGAUGGAAUUCUGGGUGCUCAGCACCUCUGACAGUCAGGUGCUGUGUUCUUCAAGUUGGGCACCAAAAUUAGUGGAUGCUUUUGACAUCAUAUGACUGAGCAGCUAGGGUCUUUGACCAAGAACAGUUAGUUAUUGUUCAGAAUAAUAGAUCAGCUGUCUUUUUUGGGAAAAAAAUCCUUUUAAAUUUUUCUUUUUGUUGCAAGGUUUUGUACUUCUGAGGGUUCAAAUACAGCCAUGGAAGUAGGCGCAGCUCCUACUGAAGUCCCUGGGAAUUGCACCUUCUUACCUCAGGGCAGGGUUCAGCCCUAUUUGCCUGUAUAUCACUUUGAAAGGAAGAUGUGAUUUUUUUGAAGUGUACAGAAAGAUAGCAAACUAGAUCUGGCCCCAAAUUAGCAAGUUCAGUUCAUACGUUGAAGAAUGUUGGACUUCAGAGUUUGUGCUUAAAAGAAACCUUCUGUAAAUUUGUUCUUGAAAGCUAAGAAUUCAGAUGAACAGAACUAUUUAGUGGGCCCUACUAAAUACUCUUGAUGGUCUUUUUUCUUUCUAUUAUAUAAUUCAGCCUCACACUGAGGAGUUUGAUUCAGAUUUUAUUAAAUUAUUUAAGUGUAUACAGACCUAAAUUUAAAUCUGUGUACAUCUUACUUCAGUGUGUUAGAAUUUGUAAAUAUGACUGAUAUAAAUAUUAUUUAUGCACAUACUUAAAGGAAUGGUCUACCCAGGAAAGCAAUUGUUAAAUAAUAAAUGUAACUUUUAAAUUUGUUUAAAUAAAUAACCAGAUCUUUAACAUGUGUAUCCCUCAGGGUUGUUUUUAAAGUUCUCCUUCCCUUCAGAUAAACUAAUGGCAACUGUAGGUUUCCUACAUUAUAUCACUAAGUCUGCUGUAAAAUGAGCUGCAAAUAAUGCUUGCGUAAAAGUGGCGAAGCCAGCCACAAAGCAAAGAUUAUUUCGAUUAAUUUGUAAACUUUAAAUUGGGAACUUUUACAAUUGCACUUUUAGUUUUUAAAAUGGUCACCAUUUUUUAUUCUAUUUAUUUUAUUUCUUGUUCUGUGUUUAUGAAGAUUGUGCUGAACCAGUUCAUCUGAAAUUGGGUAAAUAAUCCUCUACUGUAUUAUGUAUAUAUUAACAUUAAACACAUGCAGGAUGCUUUUUUAUGCUGCAAGUUUUUUAGUAUUUUCCUUGGUCAUCACAACAUUCAAGAAUUAGGAAGUGCUUUAGAAUUUCUCCCAUGAAAUUUUGAAUGAUAAAAUUAGAUUUUUAUAUGUCUGAGGGAAAGGGGUGGUUUUCUGACAAUUUUUAGAGUCCUGGAUAUGUUAAUUUUAUACAGUAUAGCUUCAGGUUUUUACAGCUAUUUUCAAUGAAUUGCAGCUUAUUUGAUAAUUGUGAACCAGAAACUACUCUUGGUUUAGGUGAUGACUUCCUUGAAUCUAACAAAAAUAGAAGGCUCAUGGUUUUAGUGUUCUCUGGAAGCUCACCUUCCUCUUUUUUUUAAAAAGCUAGUUUAAAUCAGAAGUGACACUGCAUCUUUAUAUUUAAAACCAUGCCCUGCUGCUCUAGAAUGGUACCAGUUGUCAGAGGCACACAUGCGUAACUGUACAUUACAAUUGUAAAUAGCCUUGUAAAAUCAUUUUUAUGAUUGAAGCUAUUUGAAAUAAAAAUGUAAAUGAA